AUGUCGCGUGCCCUGAUCCGAACGCUUGCACGCGGCCAUGAUGGACUCUUCAAAGCUUCAAUACCUCCACUAGCCCGCCGCACAUGCCUCCAGCCCUUCCCACCUCUCACCUCCGUCCUCCAGACGCGCAACAGCUCCCACAGCCCCAUGGGCGCCGCGCCCCCUUCGUCGCGCAAGAAGGUGACCCUCGGCACCCUACGCGCGCUCUAUGCUAAGAACGAGCCGAUCACGAUGCUGACGGCGUACGACUUCCCUUCCGCGCAUGUCGCCGAUGCGGCCGGCAUGGAUGUGAUACUCGUCGGCGACAGCCUGGCCAUGGUCGCGUUAGGGAUGGAGGACACGAGCGAGGUGGGGAUGGAGGAGAUGAUUGUUGCAUGUAGGGCUGUUGCGAGGGGAGCGAGGUCGUCGUUUCUGGUCGGCGACCUCCCCAUGGGCACCUACGAGUCCUCCCCCACCCUCGCCCUCGAAUCCGCGAUCCACUUCAUCAAGCGCGGGCGCGUCCACUCCGUAAAACUUGAAGGCGGCGCAGAAAUGGCCCCGACAAUCUCGCGCAUCACGCAGGCCGGGAUCCCCGUUCUCGCACACGUCGGCCUCACGCCGCAGCGCCAAAACGCGCUCGGCGGCUUCCGCGUACAAGGCAAGUCGACCGCCGGCGCGCUCAAGGUCCUCUCCGACGCGCUGGCCGUGCAGGCGGCCGGGGCGUGGGGCGUGGUGUUGGAGGCUGUGCCGGCUGCGGUGGCCAGCCUCAUCACCACUAAACUCCAGAUCCCGACGAUUGGGAUUGGGGCCGGGAAUGGAUGCUCGGGACAGGUGCUGGUGCAGACGGAUAUGGCGGGGAACUUUCCGCCGGGGAGAUUUUUACCGCGCUUCGUGAAGCAGUAUGGGAAUGUGUGGGGGGAGUCGUUGAGGGCGGUCGAGGAGUAUAGGGAUGAGGUGAAGAGGAGAGAGUAUCCGGCAUUGGAGCAUACGUAUCCGAUGAAGAGGGAGGAGUUUGAGGAGUUUGAGAAGGCGGUUGCGUUGAUGGAGGUGGUUGAUGUGGUGGAGGUCGAGUAG